AUGGUUUUGCAAGAGGAGUUUCAAGUUGAACAGUUCAUGGAUAAAUAUGAGACUGAUAUCAAGUAUAACAUGGGCGAAACAUGUGUUGAUUCGUUAUCUAUAAAGGACUUGACAGAGUUAGUAGAUCCAAGGGAUGCUAAGAAUGUACAGCAACAAUUGUCGAAGGCUGUUUUGGAGACAAAGCUAACUUACGGAUGCAUUCAGGGGUCUGAAAGGUUGAGAAAGGCUAUUUCUAAGAUUUAUAAUGACGAUUAUAAGGGGGGUGAAAACCCGAACCCAGUUGAGCCGACAGACUUGGUUAUAACCAAUGGAGCCAUUGGUGGCAACUUCUUACUAUUUUACACUUUGGUAGAUCCUGAAGAUCAUGUAAUUAUAGUUGAUCCGAGCUACCAACAAUUAUCUAGUGUGCCCAAUGUGUUCUCAAGUGGAAAUGCCACCAAAUUCCCAAUGAACUUCGAAGAUGGUUAUAGGCCAAAUUUAGAGAAGUUAUCGAACUUAAUGGCCGAGAGAAAGACCAAGUUAUUGGUUAUUAAUAAUCCCAAUAAUCCAACGGGUGUUGUUUGGGAGAACCAAGUAUUAGAGAAAAUCAUUGAUAUUUGCAGAAAGCACGACGCUUACAUAUUAUGUGACGAGGUAUACAGACCGUUGUACCAUUCAGUUGAACCGGGUCCAAAAUCCAUAGUUAAUUUUGGAUAUGAAAAGGCCAUUUCUACAGGAUCUACUUCCAAGGCAUUCUCAUUCGCUGGGUUGAGACUAGGCUGGAUUGCAUGUCAAAAUCCCGGAUUAGUGAAAAAUUUACUAUGUAAGAGAGAUUAUAAUACGAUUUCAGUUUCAAUGAUUGACGACAUCUUAGCGACGUUUGUAUUGGACAACUACAAGACAAUUCUUGAAAGAAAUUAUCAGCUUUGCAGGGAUAAUUUGAAACUAAUCGAGGACUUUGUUGAUGAAUCUCAAGGAAAAGUUGCGUGGGUGAAGCCUCAGGGAGGAACUACGUGCUUUUUGAAGUUCACUAAUCCAAACAUCGAUACUUUUAACAUGUCGACAGAUUUAGCAGAGAAUCACGGUUUGUUGAUUAUUCCCGGUGAAACGUUUUAUAACAAGAAGGGCUUCAUCAGAGUAGGUUUCGGGAAUAGUAGAGCUUCGGUCGAAGGUGGCCUCGCCGUAUUGAAGCAAUGGCUAGUAAAAGAAAACUUAUGGUAA